AUGAAACCGACGACCACAAAUCUCAUCGCGACCGGAUCAAUAGCCUUCCGGGGCAUCCCAUCAACGCUCCGACCUUUCCAUGUCUCGAGAUACUAUGCGACACAACAAGGCUUAGGAGCAGCGCCUCAGAGCUCCAAAUCGAAGCGAAGAGCAGUUACACCGUUCAACGAUAAUGGACAUGUGCCUUGGACAGAGCUUUCGGUGGGAGAGAAGGCGGCGAGAGCGACGCAGCAGAGCUUCAACUUUGGCAUGAUCCUCGUUGGUCUUGUCCUCACGGGUGGUGUAACGUAUUUCCUAUGGACGGACAUCUUUUCCCCCGAUAGCAAGAUCUCCAACUUCAACCGCGCAGUCGACAAGAUCAAACGUGACCCUCGUAUAGUCGAACUCAUGGGCGACUCCAAGAAGAUUACAGCACAUGGAGACGAGACAUUCAACAAGUGGAGGAGGGCACGUCCUGUUGCGUGA